GGGAGGAAAUUUUUAAAUAACAUGGAGGCCAACAUGGCGGAUGAACAUCUACACGUAGCAACUUGUGGCUAACUACAGUUUUAUCGCAUCAUGAGUGGAGUUACGGAAGAGGCAGUCCUCUGCAUGCAGCAUUGUAGUAAUCAAAUGAAUAUUUUCUUCACAAAGUUUCCCGAGAUGUGUCCUUUGUGUGGCCAGUCGCUGAAAAGCUGUUCUUUGAUAAUACCCCCAUUUCGUAUUCCAAGUCCAUUUGUUGCACAGAAUAAUGUUUCUGGCGUGCUUUUGGUGAAGCCGACGAAGGGCUCGUUCUUGAGGGAUUAUAAAAGUGGAGAUGAUCUUCAUGUAGGAAUUGUGGCGACAAAUGGAAAGGUUUAUAAUUUUGAUGAAAUAGGCCUCCAUGCUGACAGCACUAACUGGGAGCAGUGUAUUGCUGUGAGUGUGAAUGUGGAUGUUUGUGUUUCUAACUCAGAACAUUGGGACUCUAAACUUCGACAGAUGCUUUGCAGUGGGUUGUGGACUUACAAAGAAUAUGAUGAACACAGCAACAACUGCUUUGAUUUUGCUUUGAGCUUCCUUAAUCAUUUUUUACCCACAAAUAAAAAGCCUCUUCAAAAGCGAGACUUUUGCAGGGAUUUUAUUGUGCCAUUGACAACAAAGGCUGCCCAAUACAUUGAUUUAUAUAGAAGAAUACAACAGGGUGGUGGAGUGGUUGUUGAAAGAAGUCGAUGGAGAUCAUAUUCUGCAUAAAUGUGUUUUGAAAGGAGGUGACUGAAAAGUGGAAUUUCAGUUCAUGACAGGAGACAGUCAUUUGUGUUGGGAACAAAAUAACAUGUCAACGUCAAAACUGAAGAAAGAUGAGGGAUGGCCACCCAAAUGGUAGAUCAGAGAAAGAUGACAUCUGCAUGGGAUCAUCUGUCUGCUAGUUUUGAUUCCCCUAAGAUACAAAAUAUUGGAUGAGGAAAUGCUCUCAAUGUGAGACGAUGUCAUUCUUUGGCAAAAUAUUUAAAGGACUUGGUAAAUUAAGAAGUCUGUAAAUUAAAACCAAAGAAAUAUUUAAAUUAAUGGCAUCAAAGCCUUGCCAAAUAUGACUUUAAAUACAACAUACAUGUGCCGUGUAAUUCUGAUUUUUCCAACCAUCUAGGGGAACGGAAAUUGGUUUGAGAAAUUGGGGAUUCACAAAAUCAAGUGUAAACUUCUCCUAACUUUUUUGCUUAUGGAGCAAAUAUAAUCAAGUGUUGUGAAAAAUUGAGGGUUCAAAAAACCAGUACCCCACUCCGACUGUAAAUUAAAUAGAGAUUUCAAAGAGUACAGUGAUCAGUGGUUAAAUAAUGUCCCUGUACAGAGCUCUCGAGUUGAUAUUUCAAAAAGAGUGAGUGUAGCAGUGUCUGUAGGGGUUCAGAUAUUGAACAAAGGACCUUUUCAGCGAUAUGGCAGCCAUUUUGAAUUCUAUUGUUUCAAACAGCUAUUAUGGGAUGCUCAGUGGGAAAGACAUUCUAAUUUGCCCCCUAAGCAUCCCAUAAUAGCUAUCAGAAACAUAGGCAUGCAAGGCAUGCACAAUGUGUCCCCUCGUUAAUUUCUCAUACAGGCGAAAGUAACUCAAACGUUGAUUACUCAGGUGGACCUGUUGUCAGCCUCUCCUCCCACUCCAUCUUUCAACGAUGCGUUGGAAAAACGACUAGUUUAAUCAAUUCAAACAGUCACAAAAUACCAUGCAAAUGACUGAGGCAAAGCCACUUGUAUUUAUUUCCACUGUUUUCACUGACUUUUUAGCUGCAACAUUUUAUGACAACAACAACAACAACAACAACAACAACAACUUUAUUUAUACUCAACAUAGAAAUUGCAAAUUAGAUGAACAAAAAUAAGUUAAAAUAAAAAGAGUACAAGGCUGCCCGAAAUAACCUUAAUGGGCUAAUAAGACUGGGCAGCCAUCCUUAGUGAUUUAUAGUGAUUACUAAUUUGGAUCAAAUAAGAAGAGAAAAUAAGAAAAAGUUAAAAUGAGAAUGACUCUGUCAACGAGACUGCGCAUGGCCAGGGAUAUGCGUUUCAGCAAUUCUUUUGUUUGUUCAAAGGCCCAACUUCUCAGCUCAGCAAUUAAAAAUCAAACUUGUGGCAAAUGAAGGCGAAGAAAUAAAAAAGCGAAGCCUUUCAAGCACAAGUGUCGAGGAGUUUGGCUACUACCCCUCCCCCCUCCCCACUGGAUGGGAUAGUAGUCCAUUGCAGGGGUACCCCCAGCAUUCUAUAAGGUUGCCCCUAUAAUUAAGUCUGCAUUAGGCUAAUGGCCCCUACAAACGGAACUCAUUCAUUGGCACGAAGCGACAAGGAGUAUUUCUACUCUCCUCCGAUUUCUCGAAUUUUCAAACCGAUUUUCGUUUAAUUCCCUUGGGGGUUCAAAAAAUCGGGAUUCCACCGUGGUUUUAUUUCCACCAUCGAUUGAAAAUUUGUUCGUUUCAACCCCCUAUAUUUUGCAAGGUGUUAUAUAUAGAACUUAUAUAACCGCUAGGGAUGUCUGAUAUUUUUAAUAUCAGCAGCGGAUUUGCUCGGGAGGGAUUCGUUAGAGGGAACAUAAGAGUUCAUGUCUUAUUGAAAAGUGCGAGCAUAUGUUCACGAGGAUUUAAGGUCGGCCCCACAGUACGCCGGAGGAAUUUGAGAACGGAGGUUUCACUGUGAAAACGCACCAAAUGUUUUGCGUCCACACUA